AUGGCAAAAGUUAUCAGAAAUCGCUGGGUUUACCGACCAGACAACCGUUGGACUCGUUAUCUUCCACGUAGAAACGAUGCUGUGAAAGAACAUAUUUAUGAUAUGAAAAUUGACGAAGCUUCGGAAAAUGCACCGAAACUUUGGAUGGCUUGGCUUUACCGAAAUGUUUCCGGUGAGCCGAAGUGGACAAAAGAACGAGUUGAAAAAAUAUUCGGAAAAGAUUACAAGGUGGGAAGAAUGGAAAUUUUUCGCAAUAGCCCGCUUGUCAACGAAGAAUUGUGGACAAUAAAGCACCUCAUCGAAAUCCGACCAGUUGAUUUUGUCAAUGGAGAACCUUCUGAGGAUGACAUUUAUUCGAUGAAGUUACAUCCCAAUGGAAAAUGCGAAAUUACUGAAACCGCCCACGUUUCGAGUUAUAAGCAACUUAAACUAUUCGAAGAAACAAAACAAUUUACUAAAAGAGACAUUGCUCGAGAUUUAGCUCGAAAGGAACACCGUUUUCAACCGAUUCACGAAGCGAACGUGCACACCCCUUCAAACAUUACGAUAGUAAAAUGA